GCCAGUGCUAACAUCGGAGUCGCGCUUGGUGGACAAUAUCUGAUGAGGCCACAUGGUAUAUGAAGCAGCAGCUUGUUACCACUGGCAGUAAUGUGUGAUCUUCCGCUGCGUUUCCGACGACUGCGUAAAUCUGCGUUCGGAGGGGAUUAUCGCUGUUCGUUUCGGACCGUGGACGAGGCCCGUGAUGCUUCGAGACCAGGACUGAUCUCUCAUGGGCUGCGGCCAAUUCAUGCCCCGACAGUGACAGCGGGUGAAAUCGCUUACCCUCGUUGCGCUGAAGGCCUAGCGUUUACAACAAAUGCGUCUGACGUCGGGCGACCAGGCGCGCAAUCCCUCUAAUCAAGUUUCAUCGAGUUACAGUUGCAGCGGGAUGUUUCAAGGAUAGAACAUAUGAUGCUCCCCAUAUGCUGGCUCCCAACACACCGCUCAUUAGCGUCUACAUUUUUUCACGAUAACGAGAUCUUGUUCCGACGGCGAGGAGUAGGACACCAUAGUGCCUGUUCAGCUAAAGCUCAUCUUCAAGUGCCAGUGCUAUGCACAGUACAGAUCAGUGGAUGACUGAGAGCCUACCGCGCCUCAAAUGCUAUGCAUAUACCACGAUGAGAAGAUCUAACCUAAUCCGCGUCUCAAGCCUUCGGAGGUCCUCAGAUUGGCUGUAGCUAAAUCUCCGGCGCUGCGUAUCGCGGAAGACGUCAAAUGACCUUCCUAUGUUCUGUACUUUUAGAAUUAUCCACUAUUCAGUGAACGCAUAAGCACGGAAAGGAAUGAACUUAUAGAAGAAAUCUUCCUCGCCUCUGAUGAAGGCGAAGUGCGCUCCUUGUCACCUGUCUCUUGGCGCGAUAGAAUAUCAUCUCACCGCAAGGCUCUGUGGCGUUUGGCUGUCGGGCGCAGUUUUGAUCUACGAAUAAGACACCCUGCCACCGGG